AUGAACUAUACGUUACAAAGUCAAUUUGCUCGAGCUGAGCGUGACCUUGCAAAUAGUCUUCUGGAGAAAGCUCAAAUUAAAAUCGAAAAUCAGUGCCUUCAUAAUGGAAUCAAACGUUCGCAGCAAAAUUUGAAAGAAAUAACAGAUACUUUGCAAGAAAUAAUUUCACGUAAUGCAAUAAAAAAUCAAGAAUGGAAUUGGAGAAUGAAACGUGAUUUACAUGCAAGACGUUCAAUCGAAAAAAAAUUGAGAGAUGCCACAGGAACACGUGUUGCAAAGUGCAAUCGCUCAGAUCAGCUGCAAAGCAAGGGACUUUUGGAACGUAACAGCAGCAAUUCGGAAAUGGAUUUGUCUGUGAAGCUGAAAUCCUGCGAAGAACGCAAAGAAUAUCAAGGAGAUCGCAAUGAUUCAGCAUCACGUAUGAAAAUGGACCGCAAACUUACUGAAGCUAAAUGUGAAAUUGCUAAACUUAAGGCAAAAAAUAGACAGCUGCAGAGACUAUGUGAAGAUGCGCAAGUUAACGGACAAAACUAUAAUGAGAUUCAGGGAAUGAUGGAUGCAGUCGUGAAUGAUAUUGAAAUUCAAAAUGCAAAGCAUACGAAAGUGGUACAACAGAUGAAAAAAUCACUGAAGCAUGAGAUAUCAUCAUUAAUUCUGAAUACCAUUCAGAACAGCACAGUAAUACAGCAAAAAUUAGAUCUCAUUGAUUCACUGGCAUUUGAGAAUUCUCAAAUUACAUCUAAACUUGAAGAGCUGCAAGAUAGCAUUUUGAAACUGGCGCAAACGUUGUGUCAAGUGGAUACAAUGCAUGAAACGCAGCUGAAACAGCCAAAUGUGUGCGCAGUAGAUGAAAAGAAUUGUAUUGCUCGCACCGUGAAUUAUUUAAAUGUGUUGGAGCAUAAUGCGAUAUUACGAAAACAGAAUUUGCUGUUUCAGGAUAUAAUUUAUAGUGCUUUGGGUCACAUUCCUGCAAUUUGCGAUCUCAUGACUUUCAUUCUUGAAAAUACCAAUGUAAGUAUCAAUCACUGUGUUGAUAAAUUUAUUAAAAAACUGGUUUUUGAAAGGAACAAAACUUUGGUACCUUUUUAA